ACUGCACCGUGUACUGCAUCGCCAGCGACGCUCCGCCGGAGGACGCCGGAGCCGCGCACCGCCGGGAUGGAGCGGCCACAGGGGCGGAGCCGGAGGCCGAAGGGGACGCGGGCUCGAGUCCCGAGCCGACGCUGUACACCGUGGAGGACCUGGUGGACCCGUUCGGGGACAUGGCCCGCUGGAUGUACUGGGACCACGUCCGGGAGGAGGGCUCGGUGCAGAACUGCCGGGUGUGCCUGGAGGAUAAAUCCAUCCCCACGUCGCUGCCCUGCUGCAGAAAGAGCGUGUGUGAGGAGUGUCUGCGGCUCUACGUCAGCUCCCAGGUGCGAGUGGCCAAAGCGCUGAUCAGCUGUCCGAUCCCGGAGUGCAGCGGCAGCCUGGACGAAGGCGUGGUGGUUUCCCACCUGGCCGCCGAGGAGCUGGCCAAGUACCGCUACUUCCUGGAGCUCAGCCAGCUGGACUCCAGCACCAAACCCUGCCCCCAGUGCAGCGAGUUCACGUCCCUGAAGAGCCACGGCCAGAACCGCUCCGAGCACAAGUACAAGAUCCAGUGCAGCAGCUGCCAGUUUGUGUGGUGCUUUAAAUGCCACGCUCCGUGGCACAACGGCCUGAAAUGCCGCGACUACAGGAAAGGAGACAAGCUGCUGCGGACGUGGGCGAGCGUCAUCGAGCACGGCCAGAGGAACGCCCAGAAGUGUCCCGAGUGUAAGAUCCACAUCCAGCGGACAGAAGGCUGCGACCACAUGACCUGCACUCAGUGUAACACCAACUUCUGCUACCGCUGUGGGGAACGAUACCGACACCUCAGGUUUUUCGGCGACCACACGUCCAACCUGAGCGUGUUCGGCUGUAAGUACCGCUACCUGCCGGACAAACCUCACCUGAGACGCUUCAUCAGAGGCUCCGUGUGCGCCACCAAGGUGCUGAUCGCUCCGGUGGUGGUCCUGCUGGUCGUGGUGCUGGGAGCUCUGGCGCUCGUCAUCGGUUUGGUCGUGUUCCCGGUUUACUACGUCUGCAAGAGGAGGAAGAAGCAGCAGCGGACCAGAGGAGCCGGACGGUGGAUCUGAAGCUCGGCGAUGGCGGCGACAAUCUUCCUCAGGGACGCUCGGCGACGCUUCAGGACGCUUCAGGUGGAACCGGCAUCGUUGCACAUCCGGAUUAUUUAUGUCUCGCUGCAGAGCCGGACGGCGUCUAGAAACUAAACCAGACUGCGCAGGAGGUUCUUUUCCCGCUCUUUUCGUCCAACAGCAGAUGUUUGAGGAGAACAAACUGAGCGUCAUUCGUUCUUUUUUUAAUCCAGAAUCCAACGAACCAAAAUGGGGUUUGUUUGCACAUUUUACAGACACGAUGGCUAAAAGAUGAAACAGCAACGAGGAUAAAAGACGUUAAAAGAGAUCAGAAGCAGCCGCGUGAAGGUUCAUUGUUUUGUUGAGCAUCUGGUUGGUCGAUAAAGUUUGGAUAAAUAACGAGGCGCAGACUCGACGUAUACACAGCUACGGGGUUAGAAAAUCGGUCGAUCUCGAUUUUCUUCUAAAUGUUUCGGAGAAUGACUGUUGCCAUGGACACAGCGUUAGAAAAUGACAUCGCCGAUGUGCAGCUAAAACGCAGCGACAGAAAAUACGUGGAAAUAGAGAAACGAGAGCAUGUAAUUGGGUUUUUUUAGCCGCCGUAGCUUCGUAUCACGGACUCCUGCCGACUCCUCGUUUUAUCUUCGUCCACGUUUUUGAAGAUUAAGUUCUCCGAAUUCACUCUUACGUGAUUAUUUUUGCCACUAAAUGCGCCGACAGCUCGCGCAGAGUCGCUCUGAAAACCAAGAGAUCCUAAAAUUCAGGAGAUUUUCAGGCAACUUCUGGUGCAUCGGUUUUGCUCUUUAUCCAAGAAAUCUGUCUGAUCGGGGAGGGAAAAUGUGCUUCAGGAUCUUUUAAUCAACUAAUUAUGACUAAAAUGUAAAGAACAAAGCUGAAGAAUUUGGUUUGUUAAGAUUUCCUCGCUGUAAUCGUGUCGUAGCUCCGAAUUAUUAACCAAAUAAUCGUUCCGGUUUAUUUUCUGCGAGUUCAGACGUCAGAAGCUUCGUUUUUUUUCUCCUUUUUCUAUUUAUUUCUACCAAAAAGAAGCAGUUAGUUGUUGUUUUUUGUGUGCUGGAGGCGUAAAAAAGUAAAGAAACAACACGUUUUAGGAAAAAAAGAACGAAUGACGCAGUUCGGUUCAGUCUCCUCGGACACAGAGCUCCAGGAGGACGUCGGAUUGUAUCUCCAGGAACCGUUGAUGCUGCCGGAUGAGCUGGCUUUUUUUGUGCUGCAGCCUUCGACGAAGAAGAAACCAAAAGAAGCCAUGAAGAAGAAACGAGGCCUCAGCUCCACUGGAGCUUCACAGCAGCAGCUUCUGGCAGGACGUCUGGAUCUGAAGCCUCUUCUGGUUCCGUGUGGUGGUUUCCAUCCUUCUGUCCUCGUCCCAGCAUCGUUCUUCUGCCUCUGCCAGGACCUGCAUCAUCAGAAAACAGAGCUGCCAGAACAAAGCGCUGGAUGCUGCUCUGUGGCUCCAUUGUUGUUGUUGUUGGUGGUGGUUCACCAAAGAGCUGAGCUUGGCUGCUCCUGGUUCAGCAUCAGGCUGGUUGGUUCCAUCAGGUUUUUAGGGGUGAAGAACCGACGCAGGGCGAAGCUUCGACCGUUUAGUUCAACCUGCUGCUGUUUCCCUUUAGUGUGAACGUCGAGGCCUGAAAGCUUCACGCCGGUUCAUCAGAGUUUAGACAUUAAAUCAUCAGGAGCUGCGUUUAUGUUUUCAGUCCAAACAAAAGGAAACACAGAAAUUAUCCACCGAGAACCGACAUGCGAGGGUCUUUUCUGGAUGUCGGAGGUAAAAUGUCGUCUCCUGAGCUGCAGGUUUGUUAGUCGGAGCUCCACAGACGGACUCCUGCAAGCAUUUUUAACACAUUUUUAGUCCUUUUGAACAUUUUUUGGGGUCAUUUUGGCAAUUUUAAGUCAUGUUAAAGGAGUUUCAGGUCAUUUUUGUCAGUUUUUAGGUCAUUUCCACCGGUGUGUUCUUUUAUUUGGUUCUACUCCUCGUCCACAGACUCCAGUCUUUUUGGACGAUUUUGGGUCAUUUUAAGUCACUUUUGAGUCAAUAUGCACAAGUUUGACUCAUUUUGUGGCAUUUUUUGAGUAUUUUGAAAUGAGUCUUCAUCACUUUUGAACAGUUUUUUGUCACUUCAAAUGAGUUUUUGACCAUUUUUGAGUCGUUUUCAAGCGUCAUCUUCUGAUUCAGCGAUAAUUUUCCAAUCAGUUUGAGUUUUAAGUCAUUUUGAUUCACUUUGAAAGUGUUUCAUGUCAUUUUAAGUAAU